AUGAUUCCCGGAAGAAUUAUUCGAAUCAACGACAAGGUCGCCUUAAAACUUUGGCCCAGGCUCGAGGGCCAGGUCAUCAAGAGCACCCCAUUAUUCUCCUUGAAACUCAAGCCGAUGACAGUUUCUCCGUACUAUCCCAACCUGCACCCGAACGAGUUAGAACCUGCUAUGCAACAAGUGGUCAUCACGAUAUCGCCCUUGGCCAAGGCGACCAAGGACGAUGAAGAAUGCUAUCAGCAGGACGCUGACGAUCAAGAAGACUAUCAGAAUGACGAGGAUGACGAGGAAGAUAACCUCAGUACUAGUUGUGAUUCAUCAGAGGAUCAGGAUGACAGCAGCUGGGAAUGCCCACAUCCCACUAGAGACCUACCCUGCAGUGAAGCAGGUUCAGAAGACAUCAAGGACUCUGAUUAUUCUACCACCGCAGAAGUAGGACGGAAGAGGAAGAGGGAGGACUAG